GCUUUCCUGCCGCCGUUUGUCCCUCGCGAAGCCCCGUUGCUCGCCCGGGAGGCGUGACUAGGGGCUGGGAGCAGGCGGGCUGCGGCGCCGUGGGCCCGGGCUGCCGCUGUCAUGGAUGCCUGGGUCCGCUUCAGUGCUCAGAGCCAAGCCCGGGAGCGGCUGUGUAGGGCUGCCCAGUAUGCCUGUUCCCUUCUUGGCCAUGCUUUGCAGAGACAUGGCGCCAGUCCUGAGUUACAGAAACAGAUUCGACAACUGGAGGGUCAUCUGAGCCUUGGAAGAAAGCUGCUACGCCUGGGUAACUCGGCAGAUGCUCUCGAGUCAGCCAAAAGAGCUGUGCACCUAUCAGAUGUCGUCCUGAGGUUCUGCAUCACUGUUAGUCAUCUCAAUCGAGCCUUAUACUUUGCCUGUGACAAUGUUCUGUGGGCUGGAAAGUCGGGACUGGCUCCCCGCGUGGACCAGGAAAAGUGGGCGCAGCGUUCAUUCAGGUACUAUCUGUUUUCCCUCAUCAUGAAUCUGAGCCGCGACGCUUAUGAGAUUCGUUUACUGAUGGAACAGGAGACUUCAGCUUACGGCAGGCGAAUGAAGGUUUCUGGAGUCCCGGGAGGAGUCGAGACUGGGGGACCUGGAGGACCCGCAACUCCAGGGGGAUGCCUGCCACAACUGGCUCUGAAGUUUCGACUCCGAGUCCUGCUCUUGGCUCGUGUCCUUCGAGGUCACCCCCCUCUUCUGCUGGACGUGCUCAGAAACGCCUGUGACCUCUUCAUCCCACUGGACAAACUAGGCCUCUGGCGCUGUGGCCCUGGGAUUGUGGGCCUUUGUGGCCUCAUAUCCUCCAUUCUGUCUAUUCUCACCCUAAUCUGUCCCUGGCUACGACUCAAGCCCUGACAUUCUGAUACAAGAUAAGGAGGGAGCCUGAAUUGGUGAGAUGGAAUCUUAGAUUGUCCCCCAUGUGCCAGCCUCUUUCUAAUUCGACGCCUUGAUUGAGGUUACGAUCCAGAUACUUAGGGUGAAGGGAAGAACCUUGCCCAAGACGAGGUCAGGAAGGCGAUGUCGGCGGAAAGACUCAGCACGCCUCGAGAGGUGUUUGGGCCUCUCUGUUGUGGACAGAAUCUCUUUGCUCUCUUCCCUUUAUCUGUGUUGAGUCUGGUUAAGAAUUUGUCACCAUGCGACAGAAUUGUUUUUCUUAGUCCCCUGUCCAGAUACUUAAACAGAAUUACUUUUUGUAGGAGAAUCAGAAGUUUUGAAUGGUAAAGUGCUAAUUGUAUUCUUUUCUGAAGCAGCAUGUAGCAUAUUUCUUCCUUCACAGUCCAUAAUUUUUGAGACUUUAUUUCACGUCCCAGCUGACUCUUCCCUCACGUCUCCACACCGAAGGCCAUGACACUUCUCCCCUGCGUCUUCCUCGCCAGCCUCCUCCUGAUGUGGCGUUGACCCUUCUCUCCUCCACGCCUUCGGGUGUCUGCUCACACUUGGAUAUUAGAGUUUCCCUCCUCACUGGCUCUUGCCUUUCUUUAACUCUCCAGAGCAAUGCUGUGUCUGGCCUCUUGCUGUAAAUACUGUACAAUGAAUCUGUGUAGUAACUGUGGUCCAUGCCCACAGUGCAAGCAAGCCUUCCAGGUCAGCAAAUUAAAGAUCAGUUUGCUCACUAA